UCUUUACCUAUGAAAUUACUCUUUUCCCCGCUGUGUAACACUCAUCCCCCCUUUCUCCUUCUCUCUCAUAGGUUGUACUCUGCUCAGUCUUUCUCUCUCUAGAUGACCUUCUAUAAUGCUUCUGCUUCUGAGUCUUGAAGCUACUUAACACACUCUUGAUUCUUCUUGACAAAUGUGAUUUUGUGUAUCACCUGUCUCUCCAUCGACUCCCAAAGUAGAAAAACUGGAAAAAUAAUAAAAUGGAAAAAAAAUCCCACUUUUGAUCUCUUCCACUUAUUAUUAUAUACCCACUUCUCUCCUCUUCUAUAAGCAGCAACAAACUUCACUUCUCUCUCUUUCCUUUUUCAGUUUAUUCUCUCUUUGCCUCACUAUUUCUACUCAUGUGUUUGCUAGAUUUGAUUUACCAAAGUUGAAUAUAUUCCUUAUAUAGUAUCAUUCUCACCAUGACAAGCAGCUAAGUCCCUCUUUCUCCCUUUCUCUCUGGUUUAUUAAUGAUCUAAAGAGCCCUAAUAAUCUCUUUGAUCCAUAUAAGAAAAGCAAAAACCCUAGUAAACAAGAAACAAAGAUAAGCUAUGGAAUUGAUCUCUCACCAAGCAAACAGGAACCCUAAUACCUCCACACAAUCGACACCUCCUGCCUCAAGCCGCUACGAGAACCAGAAACGCCGUGACUGGAACACGUUCUGUCAAUACCUCCGGAACCACCGUCCUCCGCUCUCUCUCCCUUCGUGCAGCGGGGCGCACGUGCUAGAGUUCCUCCGCUACCUCGACCAGUUCGGGAAAACAAAGGUUCACCACCAAAACUGCGCCUUCUUCGGCCUCUCUAACCCUCCCGCACCUUGUCCUUGCCCUCUCCGACAAGCCUGGGGCUCACUCGACGCCCUCAUCGGACGUCUCCGUGCCGCUUACGAGGAGAACGGUGGCCCUCCCGAGGCAAACCCUUUUGGCUCACGCGCCGUCAGGUUAUACCUCCGUGAAGUCAGAGACUUCCAGGCCAAAGCUCGCGGCGUUAGCUACGAUAAGAAGAGGAAGAGAGUCAACAGGCAGAAAACGCAAACGUUACCGCAAACGCAGCCGCCUCUGCCGCUACAGCAACAGCACCCACAUCAAGGUCAGUCUGUGAUGGCUAAUUACUCGGGUGCAACUGUAUGAUCAUAUAUAUAUAUAUAUCGAUAAGUCUCUCUACUUUUAAUGUAUUGUUUCGUAUUUGCUUCUAUAUGUGUGUUAAUGUAAUGACUUCUCUACGUUAUCCACAGAUAAUGUUGUCGUUUAUGAAUACGAUAAAUUAAGAUCAGUCACGCUAAUGUGUUUGAUCCUUUAUGUUUUGAA